AUGGCGGCUCCGACGCAGCUAGCUUACCGCACCCUUAAGGGUGUCGGCAUUAUGGAUGCUGCCCCUGUCUAUGAACCUCUGUCGGGCUUUGAGAGACCUGAGGGGAAUAUCCGCUGCAGUGCAUACUCGCCAUGCGGCCGUUACUUCGCAUGGGCGUCUCCCGAAAGGGUCACCAUUAUCGAUGCCUCGGUCGGUCAAACUGUCUCGACAAUCCCCGCCGAUAACGUGUUUGAGUUGGGCUUCUCCCCGCUCGGCACCUACGUGAUCACCUGGCAACGGCCUACCAAGGACGACAACGGAGAUGCCACGAAGAACCUCAAGGUGUGGCGUGCUGUUGAGUCUGGAGACGAUCACACCGUCGUGGGAAGUUACGUCCAGAAGUCGCAGACAGGCUGGAACCUGCAGUACACCCCCGAUGAGAAGCUGUGUGCCCGUGUCGUGACCAACGAGGUCCAAUUCUACCAGAGCGACAACCUCUCGACUGUUUGGAAUAAGCUGCGUGUGGAGGGAGUGGCGGAUUUUUCUCUCUCGCCGGGACAGACCCAUUCGAUUGCGGUGUUUAUUCCUGAGCGUAAGGGUCAACCUGCUGCUGUUAAGGUGUUCGUUGUGCCGCAGUUCAAUGCGCCGGUUUCGCAGAAGAGCUUCUUCAAGGGUGAUAAGGUUCAGCUUAAGUGGAAUGCUUCCGGUACGACUUUGAUCGUCCUGGCGCAGACCGAGGUGGACCGCACUGGUAAGAGUUACUAUGGCGAGACUACUUUGUACUUGCUCAGUGCUAGCGGAGCUUUUGACUCCCGGAUCGAUCUUGACAAGGAAGGUCCCAUUCAUGACGUGAGUUGGAACCCCAACUCCAAGGAAUUUGGUGUCGUCUAUGGCUACAUGCCUGCGAAGAGUACAAUUUUCAACAUGCGCGGUGUGCCCAAGCAUACUUUCCCCUUGAGCCCCCGGAACACUAUCCAGUUCUCUCCUCACGGACGAUUUGUUCUGGUUGCCGGCUUUGGUAACUUGGCUGGUCAGAUGGAUCUCUAUGACCUGGACCGAAACUACCACAAGAUCGCGACUGUUGAGGCCUCCAACGCCAGUGUGUGUGCCUGGUCCCCUGACGGCCAGUUCAUUCUGACUGCCACCACCAGCCCCCGCCUUCGUGUUGACAACGGCAUUCGCUUGUGGCACGUCAGCGGUAGCCUCACUUACAACGAGGAGAUGACCGAGCUAUACGAUGUUACCUGGCGUCCUCAGGGCGCUACCGAGAUCCCACUGGGUGAUCCUCUCACCAAGCUGCCUGUUGCCCACCCCUCUGCUACUGCCUAUCUGGCCACGCGCAAGGCUCCUGUGAAACCCGCUGGUGCCUACCGUCCCCCCGGUGCUCGCGGCCAGCUGACCCCUCUCGCUUUCAAGCGUGAGGAUCAGGGUGGUGCCGCUUUCGUUCGUGAGGGUGUUCCCGGCGCCAGCAUGAACGGUUUCGGUAAGCAGCCUCGCCGCCGUGAGGUUCCUGGUGCUGAGCCUACAGAGGAGUAUCUGCCUCCUGGCGCAGCUCCCGGUGGUGGUGUCCCUCUCCCAUCAGGCGCGGAUAAUGAGAAGCUGUCCAAGUCCGCUGCCAAGAACAAGAAGAAGCGUGAGGCCGCCAAGAAGGCCCGUGAGGAUGGUGUGCCGGACAACCAGUCUCCUCCCAAUGCCCCCACUGGCCCAAGCCCAGACCGCAGCCGUAACCGUGGCAAGGCCAACGGUGCCCCUGUCAAUGGAAACGGAAACGGUGCUACCAAGCAAGCUCCUCCUGCCCCCGCCCCUGCUCCUGCUCCUGCUCCUGCCCCAGCUCCCGCUCCCGCCCCCGUUGCUCCCAUCGAUUCUUCUGCCCAAGAGAAGAAGAUUCGUGGCCUUCUGAAAAAAAUCCGCGCCAUCGAUGAGCUCAAGAUGCGCCUUGCUGGCGGUGAGAAGCUGGAAGAUACUCAGAUGAAGAAGAUUCAGACUGAAGAUUCCGUGCGCAAGGAGCUUGAGGGUGUUGGAUACAAUGGAUAA